CCGUACCUAUGAAUUUCAUCUUUCACACAGAAAAACUCAUUCAGAGUGAACACGCAGCGUUAGAUUUGUAGGACUUCCUUCAUUUUGCUUAUUCUACUAGUGAAAUUUUGAAAACUCGUGUUGCUGAUAAACUUCUAUUGGGCCAAAAGGUAGAAUUUUGAUUCUGAGGCUGUUAAAAUCCCCUAUUGGGUUGAAUCGGAUUCUUAGCACUGGAAAACACAAAGAAGCCAGAGGAGGAGCAUCCAUAUUUGCAAAGCAAUUAGCAAAACAUAAUUUUUGUUUCAAAAAAAAAAACAAAAACACCCGUUCUUGUGUAGUGUUGCCGUUAUUGAGCCGCUAGCAAAAACAGCAAACCAGAUAAAAAAUUGGUUGGAUAAAAAGUUAACGGGAUCCAACAUAACAGCCUGGUGUAAAUCGAAGUAAGUUGCGCUGUCAAAAUGACGUGGGAACCACAACCAGAUGGGCUGAACCAAAUUAUUACACUGCUCAAGCAGUCACAAUCGACGGACAAUGCCAUCCAACGUGCCGUGCAAUCGAAACUAGAGGAGCUCAACCGAUAUCCAGAUUUUAAUAACUACCUUAUUUACGUUCUGACCAAACUGAAAUCUCAAGACGAGCCUACUCGAUCCUUGUCCGGAUUGAUCCUGAAGAACAACAUUCGCAUCCAUGGAACCGAGCUGCAGCCGGCUAUCGUUGAGUACAUCAAACAGGAAUGCCUGACGGCUUUGGGAGAUCCCUCGCCUCUGAUUCGGGCAACUGUUGGCAUCCUUAUCACGACGAUAGCGAACAAGGGAAGUCUCCAAAAUUGGCCAGAACUGUUGCCUACUCUGUGUGAUAUGCUCGACUCGCAGGAAUACAGUGUUUGCGAAGGCGCCUUUGGUGCCCUACAGAAGAUCUGUGAGGAUUCUGCGGAUACGUUGGACAGUGCCGCUCUCAAUCGGCCCCUCAAUGUUAUGAUUCCAAAGUUCUUGCAAUUUUUCCGUCACUCCAGUCCAAAGAUUCGUUCCCAUGCUAUUGCGUGCAUAAAUCAGUUCAUCAUCAAUCGAACCCAAGCGCUGAUGCUGCAUAUCGAUACAUUCAUAGAGAAUUUAUUCCAUCUGUCAUCGGACGAAGAUCGGGAGGUGCGGAAAAAUGUUUGCCGAGGUUUGGUGAUGCUGUUGGAGGUCCGGAUGGAUCGAUUAAUGCCGCACAUGAACAGCAUCAUAGAGUAUAUGUUAACUCGAACGCAGGAUCCUGAUGAAACGGCACUGGAAGCAUGUGAGUUUUGGCUAUCACUCGCAGAGCAAAAUAUAUGCAAAGAAGUGUUGACACCACAUUUGCCGCGAUUAGCGCCUGUUUUGAUCCGGGGUAUGAGAUACUCCGACAUAGACAUAAUUAUUCUGAAGGGCGAUGUCGAAGAGGACGAAAUGAUUCCAGAUCGGGAAGAGGAUAUCAAACCAAGGUUUCAUAAAACGCGAACUCAUACGCAAAAAGCCGGAAGUAUGGGCGCACAGGAAGUUGGAGCGCGCCCUAUGGAAAGUAACGAAGAGGAGGAUGAUAUGGAUGAUCCAUACGACGAUAUGGACGAUGAUAGUAAUCUGUCCGACUGGAAUUUACGUAAAUGUAGCGCUGCUGCUUUGGACGUAUUGGCAAAUGUUUUCAAAGACGAUUUCCUUCCAAUUCUACUGCCGAUUCUGAAGGAGACCCUGUUUCAUCAAGACUGGCAAAUCAAAGAGAGUGGAAUAUUGGCUCUCGGGGCUAUUGCAGAAGGGUGCAUGAAUGGUAUGAUACCUCAUCUGCCAGAGCUGAUUCCUUACUUGGUUUCAUGUCUAUCAGACAAGAAAGCUCUGGUGCGUGCGAUCACCUGCUGGACAUUAUCCCGCUACGCUCAUUGGGUCGUGAGUCAGCCGCCUGAUCAAUACCUGAAACCAUUGAUGGAGGAGUUACUGAAGAGGAUUCUCGAUGCGAAUAAACGCGUUCAAGAAGCAGCCUGUUCCGCUUUUGCUACUUUGGAGGAGGAAGCAUGCACAGAGUUGGUACCCUAUCUCGGAUACAUUCUUAAAACUUUAGUGUUUGCCUUCGGAAAAUAUCAGCACAAAAACUUGCUUAUCCUGUACGAUGCCAUCGGGACGUUGGCGGACUCUGUGGGACACCAUUUGAACAAGCCUGAAUACAUCAAUAUGCUUAUGCCGCCGUUGAUCCAGAAAUGGAACAUGUUAAAGGAUGAAGAUAAGGAUUUAUUUCCUUUGCUGGAAUGUUUGUCAAGUGUGGCGACCGCAUUGCAGUCUGGUUUUUUGCCAUAUUGCGAACCCGUGUACAGGAGAUGUAUUUCACUGAUACAGCAAACAUUGAACCAAGAUCUGGCCAGCACGACGAGCCCUGGUCAAUAUGAGCUCCCGGAUAAAGAUUUCAUGAUUGUGGCGCUGGAUUUAUUAUCUGGUUUGGCGGAGGGACUUGAUGGACACAUUGAGUCUUUGGUCCUUAGCAGUAACAUUAUGCAAUUACUUUACCAGUGCAUGCAGGAUUCUAUGCCAGAGGUUCGACAAUCAUCAUUUGCUCUGUUAGGAGAUUUGACGAAGGCAUGUUUUCAGCAUGUGCACCCAUUCAUUGCCGAUUUCCUACCUAUUUUGGGUCAGAAUCUGAAUCCAGAGUACAUCUCGGUAUGCAACAAUGCAACGUGGGCUAUCGGAGAAAUCAGCAUAAAGUUGCGUGAGGACACUAAGCCGUACAUUUCGUUGGUACUUGCACAGCUGAUCGAGAUUAUUAACAAUCCCAACACACCGAAAACGCUGCUGGAGAACACAGCAAUAACAAUUGGUCGACUGGGUCUUGUGUGCCCCCUUGAAGUGGCUCCCUCGUUGCAACAGUUUGUGAGACAGUGGUGUUCAUCACUUCGAAAUAUUCGGGAUAACGAGGAAAAAGAUUCGGCCUUCCGGGGAAUGUGUCAGAUGAUCACGGUGAAUCCUGUUGGAGUCGUGCCGGAUUUUAUCUUUUUCUGUGAUGCUGCUGCAUCUUGGAUGAAUCCAAAACCAGACCUGCAUGAAAUGUUGCAAAGGAUUUUGCACGGGUUCAAAACUCAGGUCGGUGAGCAAAACUGGACUCGCUUCGUGGGACAGUUCCCACCGCAACUGAGCGAAAGACUAGCGGCUAUGUACACAAUCUAAGAGGGAUUAUAUUAUAGAUGCCCCAUCUCUUUCGACGAAAUGAAGGUUAAUGUUUCAAUUUCUUCUCUGAUAUAGAACAUCAAUCGAACGCAACUUUUGAGCUGUAUGUACCUGCAUCACAAUUGAAAUGGGAAUGCGUAAAAUUGGGUUUUCGAACUAUUUAUCUUCAGAUAAUCGGUAGAGUGACAAAAGAAGUGUGGUACAUGUUUUUCUUCAGGAAUUGUAACAUUUUUUACCAACCAUGGUAAAAGUAAAAUUUGUAGCCAUUUUCAAUGUUUUGACUAUGAUAUACAGAGUCAUUUGGGCCUUGUUAAAUUAGAUGCACUAGAAACCGUUUCGCUACAAAUUGCUUCGGUAUCCAUACAACAGAUUUUCUUGAAAGUGUAUGUUUUCGGCUUUCGAUAAGUAGGAAUUUUAUUUAUUGUUUUUCUUUAUUUUGAAAUAAGGAGUGCAGGCUCCUUAUAUUUAAGCAAACAAAAAACUCAUCGUGAGCUUUACGAAUAAACUUUUUCAAAUUUUAAAUGGUAAGGUGUAACUCUAGAUGGUGGAAGAAGUAACAGCAUAUAAAAAUUUUUCUGAUAUUUCAUUACUACUUACCGAAGAUUACCGUAGAUUUAGCUAAUUUUUAGCAUAUAGUAGAGAUGCGUUUGCAUUAAAUUUACCUAAUCAAUUAUGUCCAAUAGAAACGGAAAUCCUAUUAUAGCUCCUGCCUUCCAUAGGCAAUAUGAUCGAAAUCAACUCCUGACUGGAGACUUCUGAUUCAAUUGUUUAAGUCCUAAAUAUUUGCCCUUUUGGAUUUUGACGUUCAAUGGUCUAAAGGAGCAUAAAAUUCAUUAUUUCCAACAUCGAAAGAAUGUUGUAUUCUGAACAAAAAAAAACAUCAUUUCGAGUAAUAGUAUACAGAGCGUUUGGUCAAGAGUGAAUGUAGUUGAGUGUCUGUGAAGUAGUUGAUUAUUCAAAUUAACAGAAUUGAAGCAAAUGUUUUCAUAUUUCCAUGCAAUAGAGGCUUAAUAGUUUUCAUUUAAGUAGAGUUCCAGUAUUGUGUCUACAAGUGCAGUUUUGAAAUAAUCUGGUUACAUUUGCUCACCACACACACAGUCCAGCAUUUUUAUAACUGCGAGCAAAGGAUACAAACAUCUCAAAGUGCUUUGGAACUCGAUAUUUUGAUGCAUGCUCCAAUACUCGCCCCAAUAAAUUUGUACGAAAAACGUGAUACCUGUAGAGCACAUCCAUCGCCUUCGAGAAUCGUUCUGAUUAUGUUGGGAAAACGUUUGGUGUUUAAACGAUUUAUAGAAAAAUAAUGAACAAAUACAAACAAGUACAGAAGACAUGAAUUAAUCGUAAUCGUAAGAUAAACAAAACUUAUAUCGGGAUAAUCGGGUCGUCGCGUUCGCGUUCGUGUUUCGGUCGUUACAACACAGUAAGUUAUUAUUUCUUCGGUCGUCGGGUUUUGUGUUUUAUAAGUUUUUCAUAGUUUUUGUGUUUACGUAGUCUUUCUUUAUUUUGUGAAAAAAAGACCACAUUGUUGUUGAACAGAUACUAUUUGAGUAAAUUCUGCACAAGUUCCUCCACAGCAGCUUAUCGACCUCAAAAGUAACAUACCGAGCGAUGCUAUAGAAAGAAAAUAAAAUGGUGCCAUUAGAUAGGAGAAAAUAUAUCAAUUGAUUUUAAAGAUAAAUUACACUACUAAUUAAAAUUUAUACAAGGAAAAACAAAAAAAACAAAAAGAGAUUGCAAUUGCGAUUUUAGCGAUUACAAUAAAUGUGACAAAAAAUAACUGACCGUUGGUUAGUCAUUUAUAUUAUUAACAUUAGGUUAACAAAACAAAGACUGAGAAAAAAACAAUACAUAUUUCCUCAAAUUGAAACUAACAAUCUUCUUGUUACUUAUAUUUGUGUUCCAGCUGCUACAACAUAUACUUCAGGCAGUUGUUUAUAAACAGUACUUCGCACAUUAAAUAAUAUCUGUUCAAUCGAAAAAAAAACUAUUUUAGGUUUUAUAAAGUUCACAUCGUCUUUUUUCACAUUAAGCUGUUAUAAAUCGUCGCCGCGUAUCGUGUCGUCGUAUCGUGAAUCGUGUUAAUAUAAAUCGUCGCGUUCGGUCAUCGUGUUUCGUAAUCAAUUCGGGUCAAGCUCUUAAGCUAAUAGUAAAACAAAAGUCGUGCUCGUUUCGCCGGGAAUCGUUGUGAUAUAUAAUCGUGUUCGUUCGUUGUUAGGAGUUUAUAUAUAGUAUAUUUGUUUAUAGGUUUCAAUUACUAUUCGUUGGGUUUUGUAUGUAGAAAUCGCGCGUUAUUCAUCGGGUUCGUAAAACUAGAAAAAAAAUCCUAUUGAUGGUCCAUCGCGUAUACCAACAAUGAAGGUGCUCAUGAUAAGAUUUAAGGUAUAUCAUAAAAUGAUGGUAAUUAUUAGCAUAGCAAUUCAAAUUCUUAUAAUUCUAUACAUGUUUGAUGAGUGCUGGAGAGUAUUAAGUGACUGUAAUUAAACAGUUAACUCGUUCUCAUUCUCAGCCAAAACAAAACACAAAAAAUGGAGUCUCACAGAUUGGUCCGAACAUUGAAAAACAAUGAAAACCAUCAAGCUAAAACACUUAUUGGACUACAGGAAACUUUUAGGUUUAAUAUUGGAUCGUAAUAAAUCAAACAAAACAUGAAUGUGUAUAGAUUCCUUCAUCAUACCAUGACAGACUAGUAGUUCUGACUCAUAUUUUAUACUAGUUUCACAGUCGACCAAAUUCAUUCAAUCAGUUUUGUUUCGGGUUCAUAAUAACGGUUAAAGAAUGCUGAAAAUGAUAUUUUAUUAAAUUGCUCACUUUACACUGUACGUACCUUAAAUCACUAAAUCGAAAAAAAAACAAACCAAUCAACGGGGAUUGAGUCGCGUCGCGUUUAGUCAUCGCGUAAUCGUGUGAUCGUAUUUUAAAACACAUCUAAAAACAAACCAGAUAAUAUUGAACAAAGUUUAAAAAAUCAUCCAUCUGUACACCUCAACAUGAUAUCACAAUAAACAAUGUAACAGCAACAAAAUGCAGUAAUUACACAACACUUUGAUUGCUUAAAAAUUCCAAAUAUAUAAUUCAGGGAAAAAUUGAACAUCCAUUAAAACAACAGCGGCUAGCUAUUACUUUGAAUCCGGCUAGCGUCAUCUCUUCCGGUAAAGAAUUUGUGUAAAUGAGAUAAAUUGCUACUUUAAUCAAACUAAUGUUAUACGGAGAAUUGCGUAAGAUGUAACUGUGUGAAUGGAACGUAUGUUUGAAACAGAUUUGUGAUAAACAAAAAAAAAGAUUAUAAACAGAAGUCUCGAUAAUUCCCAGUUCCCUUUCAAAUCCUGUCCUAAAGCAUCCAAGGAAACCCCCCCUCCCAAAAAAAACGCAGAUUUUCCGUUGUCCAAAUACAAAUAAUCCACUGUAUGAUAAAAGUGUAAUACUAAAGACACACAUACACACAUACCCAUCGUAGUCUCAGUGUUCGUUUGAAUGAAAUAUAAAACUUAAUUGAUUAGAACUGAUGGAGGUUUGAAUAGAUAUAAACACAGAAGGAUAUAUUCGAAUAUCCUUUCCUAUAUAUCUUUCUUCUAUUUCUUCGACAGUCUUGAAUACAGGCAUAUUGAAAUUACAACACAACAUUGAGUAGGGACGUUGUGGAAGGUGCAACAUCUUGUGAAUGUUUUUUUUCUGUUAAUGUAUAUGGACAAGAAAACCCCAAAUGAAAACUUUGAUUUGUUCCGUAAUAGGUUUUUUUAAUAGGAAACAAAGAGAGAGGUUAACCAGAAAGCUC